AAAUAAUGCAGACCAAUUGAAAAGAUGAUUAGAAUUAGCCAUUCCAUAACAUACUAAAGGUUAACCGCUCCUUUAAAACACUGCACUACAGAAUGGCCUUUUAUAUCUACAAAAAUGGGCCACUCAGGCAAAGGGGGUAGAUCUAAAUGUAGACUAGUCUGCACCUUGCUUCUAUAUCGCUGUCCAUUAAAGAUGUAUCACAUUUUGUUUUUUAUGUGCAAAACAACAAGAUCUGUUAUCUUUCUGUAAAACAAAAAUGAUGAUUUACAUGUAAUAGUAUAUGCACACUGUAUUGACUAGAUAUGCUCUGUAAUGUAAAGUAAAAUAGUCUCUCACUGAUGUUUAAGAUUUGUAGAUCUGUUAAGUGCUUGCAAACUUAUAACAAAAGAACAGGGUUCUUUAUUAUCACGCCAUUUAAUUUCUACUAUGUACUGUAUUUACUGUAUAUGGAUGAAAUGACAAUAAAAUCCACUUGACUUGUAUGUUUUCAUUUCAUGAUCGUGUUCCCAUAGCAACAACAACUUCUACUACACAACUGAACUAUGACAUCACAAUGACUAACAUUGUCCAGAUGAUCUCAGGCUGUACCACUGGCAGAGCGUCGUUGGCAUUGAGUAGAGAUGGAUCUAUCCUACUUUUUGCUCGCGUUUUAUCUUUUUAUCUUAUCUUUUAUUUUCAAAAUGAACCAAUUUAGAUUUAUUUACUGGAUUUUAUUCUGCAGUUUACUAAUUCCCCAUGUUUGUUAUGGAAGUGCAAUGGAUCAAAGACAAAAGCCUCGCCAUAACUCCAAACCAAUCAGGCAGACGGAUGCACAGACUGAUGAAAUCCUAUUUUUCAUGGGUGCUGAUAUUUUUCUGUGGAUUUUCCUGAUUUGUUUUUACUUACGCAGAGAGCUGAGUUUCUGCGUUUUUCUCUGGCUGAUUAUUGUUAAAAUUGGAGACAUCAUAGUACCCUCCUGGGGCUUAGUGUCCAAUAUGUUCCAUGAUGUCUACAGGAUCUUCUUUUCAAGCAAAGUUAACCCGACAGAGGCUGAGCUAGAAGCCGUCCAGAGAGUUAGUAGAGUACUAAUCCUUUGCCUCAGCAAUGCUAUGGUGAUUUUUGUGAGCAUUGUUGGAUUACGUCUGUGGAGCAAGGUGACUAUAAGGCAACUGAUAAAUACUGGCCGAACUGUCAUGCAGUUUAUAUCAGCAACAGUUUCUGACUUGUACGAUAUAUACACGGUAAAGGAGGCAGCCAACAAAGAAGCCAAACCAGCCAAAACAAAGAAAACUGGCGAAAAGAAAUGCAAAAAAGUAACAUUUAACCUAGUACCACAACUCAUAGUGGACCUGGAGCCAGAAAAUCCUGCUCAAGAUAUUGAGGAGCCAAUAAAGUCAGUCCAGGAGAUUGUAGAGCCAGGAGACUCUUCUGAGAAGACAGUGGCCUCAUUAUAUCCUACAAUUAUAGAUAUCAGGCAGAAAAUGAUCCUUGUUGAUGGUCUUUCACAAGGGAACAGUGUGGCUGGCCAUACAGAAAUUCCCUGUAUGAGGAGUGGCUCUGACUAUAAUACGGAUAUGAAUAACAGUGUUCUGCCUUCAGUGCCCACUGUGAGCCAGGCAGCAGCAGAUGUCCCUAUGUCUGUGAAGAAGAAGAGCAGCUUCUCAAGAUUCAUACAAAGUCUCAGGGACAGAGCCACCAGGUCAAAUAAGAAGAAGAGUGGGAAGUCUAUGAAAAACAAAAUUAUCUUCAAUGUAACAUCGUGUUUCCGGUGCCACUCAGUAGAAUCUGAUACCUGAGCCAGAAUUUGCAGAUGUUGCAUCUGUUUUAACUGGUGUUAAUCUGCCUUUACACUGCUAAACUUAAUCAAAAUGAAGAGAACUGAUCCUAUCAGAAUGAUGGAUAAAGAAGGCACUACUGGUGACCAAUCAAAGAUCAAGCAAUACAUCAUAACCAUCGAUUAGGAUAACCCUAACCUAGAUCCUGAA